AUGGAGGACCACCUGCGCCAAAGUAUCUCCAACCACCCAUUCCAGCAUCGACACCACGGUAACAGCAACUCCAGCUCACCGCACUCACUCCAGCCCUACUGGUCCUCCGAGACCAGAAUGACGCCACUCUCUAUCAACGCGGCCACCACGACAGCCCUUGAACACGAUGAGUCUAGCAUGAGCCGACACCCGUACGAUGAGGAUACUACCACUGAGGAUGCAGAGGGACAACCUCCGCCCAGGUAUACACUUGAGAACGACCCCUUCCAGCUCGCGUCGAAGAUCAAGUCCGAAGAAGAAAUCCGCCAGAUCCAGGCGAAUAUAUCACGCAAACGCGACUCCACGCAGACAAGCAGCAAUGGCCAGAACGUGGUGGAUCUCGUCAAAGCACCGGGCCUGCGCGGCAAACAAGCCCUAACGACCAGGAAACUGCAAGGCUUCUACGAACGCCAAAAUGAGAAUAUUCAGCGCAUGCUCAAGCCUGUUGAGGAACAUGUCCGCGCCGCGCGCGAGCUCAAUUCUGAUAAUCGCCUGAAAUACCGCAUUGCCGUGUAUGGAAGCUUCGCGGCGAAUAUCAUUCUCUCUGUGGUGCAGGUGUACGGCGCCGUGUCGUCGGGAUCGUUGUCCCUGUUCACGACAAUGGCAGACGCCAUCUUCGACCCGAUGUCGAAUCUGACGCUUUUGCUUUGCAACAAGGCUGUUAACCGCGUCGAUCCGCGCAAGUUUCCCGCAGGCAAGGCGCGGAUCGAGACGGCGGGGAAUAUCUGCUUCUGCUUUCUUAUGACUGCCGUGUCGUUUAUUCUGAUUGCGUUUUCGGUGCGUGAACUUAGUGCGGGCUCAGAGGAGGAGACGAAUUCGUUUCAUCUCCCGUCCGUCAUCGCUGUUGCUCUCGCCUUUACUACGAAGCUUGUUCUGUUUCUUUAUUGCUGGACGCUGCGCAAUCGAGUCUCGCAGAUUCGGAUCCUGUGGGAAGAUCAUCGCAAUGAUUUGCUGAUUAAUGGAUUUGGUAUUCUGACUUCCGUCGGUGGGAGUAAGUUACACUGGUGGAUUGAUCCUAUGGGCGCUAUUAUGCUCUCGGUGCUUAUUAGUUGUUUGUGGUUGCAUUCUGCGUACGGGGAGUUUCAGCUGCUUAUUGGCGUUACCGCUGAUACGAAGAUGCAGCAGUUGAUCACGUAUAUCUCAAUGACCCACUCCCCACUAAUAACAGCAAUCGACACCGUCCGCUCUUACACCUCCGGCCCGCGACUUCUCGUCGAGGUCGAUAUCGUCAUGGACCCGACGGAGUCGCUGCGUGCUACGCAUGACGUCGCGGAGGAGCUGCAGAUCAAGCUUGAGUCCUUGCCCGACGUGGAGCGCGCUUAUGUCCAUGUGGACUAUGAGACUACCCAUAAACCGGAGCAUUUCCUUAAGAAGGAGCUUUAG